AUGAAAGUCCAUUAUAUUAAUAUAUUAUUGUUUGCUCUUCCAUUAAAUAUAUUGAUAUAUAAUCAAAGGAACCAUUACAUCACACGUACACCAAAAGCAACCACUAGGACAUUAUGUGAAUGUGAAUUGUAUGCACCAUCAAACUAUGAUAAUGACCCUGAAAUGAAAGCAGUAAUGCAAGAUUUUGAUCGUCAAACGUCGCAACGUUUUGAAGAAUACAAUGAACGCUUGCUCGAAAACAAACAAAAAUGUAAAGAACAAUGCGAUAAAGAAAUACAAAAAAUUAUUUUAAAAGAUAAAUUAGAAAAAGAAUUAAUGUACAAAUUUGCGACAUUACAAACUGAUAUACAAAGUGACGCCAUUCCAACAUGUAUUUGCGAAAAAUCUUUAGCAGAUAAAGUGGAAAAAGGAUGUUUGAAAUGUGGAGGUGUGUUGGGAGGUGGUAUUACACCCGGUUGGGGUUUGAUCAGCGGUAUUGUAUAUACUGGAUGGAAAGCAGCAGCGUUGGCAGCUGCUAAGGAACUUGCCGAAAAAGCCGGUGCUCUAGCCGGUGAAGCUGCACGUAUUCCGGCAGCUAUUGAUGCAGUCAUUGAAGGAAUAAAAUCAAAAUUCUCUAUAGAUACUUUAGGUGGUGAAGCAUUGAAAUCCGUUAUUGAUGGAACAAAUUAUUAUGAUGCCUCAUACAUUACUACAGCUAUUUAUAAUAAAUUUAAUGUGUCCUCAUGUCUACCUUCUGUCCCUUUCCUUGGCGGUCCCCCUGUCCCUGGAGCUGGCGCUAAUAAGCCUAUUUGCAGUGCUGUUGAUAAAUUAUAUCUAGGUUCAGGGAACUUUCUUGACAAAAGUUCAUUACCAGGUUCUAUACAAAAAGAUGUAGCAAAAAUUGUUGCAGGAGCUGAACAAGCUGCUAAAGCCAAAGCUGCUAUGGUGGCUUCCGAUAAAACAUUAGCUGUUGAAACAGCAAAAAAAAACGCUAUAGAAACUACUUUUAUGGGUUAUCAUAAUGCUAUUAUUGCUUCUAUCGUUGCAAUAGUGGUAAUCGUUUUAAUUAUGGUAAUUAUUUAUUUAAUUUUACGUUAUAGACGAAAAAAAAAAAUGAAGAAAAAACUCCAAUAUAUCAAAUUAUUAGAAGAAUAG